AGGUUAGAUACAGAUAUGGAAAACCAAAACGAUGUUUUUCAAUUUUGUUUUAAAAGUCGUAACGUUAUCUGUUAGGGUUUUCGAAUAAAAUGUAAAAAAGAAAUUGGUGAGAAACUAAGAUAUUGCCAGCAAGAACAAUUGCACCAGUAGCUACCUUUAACUUGACUUUAUUCUCUUCAACGCAGUAACGGAAAAUAUUAUAGCUUGCGUUGUUGUUAAAUGGAACACAGUUUCUACUUAAAUGUGAACAGAAACAACCAGGAAUAAUGAAUGGUGAUCUACAGUUUCAUGUUGCUGACUACAUUGUCAUGGCUUUGUUCCUCAUAAUCUCAUCAGCCAUUGGGAUAUACUAUGGAUUUUGCAAAAGACAGAAAACAACAGAAGAAUAUCUUCUAGGAGGAAGAAAUAUGCAUCUACUUCCGGUGUCUAUAUCGUUGAUGGUUACGUAUCAAUCGGCAAUUUCCGUUAUGGGUGUUCCAACAGAAGUAUACAUGUACGAUACCAUGAUGGUCUAUGGAUGGAUAGCUAUAAUGCUAACAAAUAUCUUCCAGGCGUUUGCGCUAGUUCCUUUAUUACAUCCACUGAAACUAACAAGCGCGUAUGAGUAUUUGGGACGCCGAUUUAAAUCAAGAUCUGUACAGUUACUUGGAACAAUUAUGGGUAUGCUUCAAACGUUGUUGUACAUGGCUAUUGUACUACUGGCUCCAGCUCUUGCUCUAGAAGCAGUGGCGAGUAUACCAUUAUGGCUGUCAGUCAUUGUAGUUGGUGCUCUCGGAACAAUUUACACAUCCAUAGGUGGCAUACGGACAGUGAUAUGGACAGAUGUGUUCCAGUUCGUUAUCUUGUUUGGAGGAUUAAUUGUAAUACUGAUUAUGGGUACUAUAAAUGUUGGUGGUUUUGCAAAAAUAUUUGAAGUUGCUCAAGCUGGAUCAAGAGUAAAUUUUAGCACGACAAGUCUAGACCCGCGCGUACGUCAUACUGUAUGGGGUCUUCUUAUUGCUGGAUGUUUUAAUUGGCUCCCUAACUGCUGCACUCAGUCGGCUGUUCAAAGAAUAGCUUCAAUGCGUUCUGUUAGAGAUGCUAAAAUAUCGACGUUUAUGAACGUUCCUAUGAUACUUGUUUAUGGUAUUAUCUUGACAUUCUUCGGGCUGUUACUGUAUGCGCACUACGCUUUACAACAGUGUGAUCCCUGGUCAGCUGGCUAUAUCAGCAACGCAAAUCAGUUGGUACCAUACUUUGUUAUGAAUGUUUUCCGUGAUAUACCAGGUCUAUCUGGACUAUUCAUUGCCGCAUUGUUCAGUGGAGCGCUCAGCUCUCUAUCUUCUGGUAUAAACGCCAUGUCUGCAAACACUAUACAAGACAUCCUGGUAAAUGUCUUAGCAAAUACAUCAGAAGUUGUAAAAACACUCAUCGCAAAGCUAGUCGUUCUCCUAUAUGGGGUUCUGGCUGUUGGACUUGCCUACUUGGCUCGGACAUUAUCUGGUCCAGUUACUCAGAUAUCCUGGACCGCAAUGGGUGCUACUGGAGGACCAAUGGUUGGAAUUAUGUUUCUAGGUGCAACCUUUCCGCAAGCUAACUGGAUUGGCGCAUUUACUGGUGGUAUUUGUGGUAUUGCUUUUGCUAUGUGGUUAGCAUUAUGUAAAAUGUUGUAUGGAAAUAAAGCAACAAUAUCACAGAGAAUACCAACGAGCGGGUGUGUUUCCAACAGUACAUGGGAAUUAAAUAGCACUGUUUCUUUUGUUGCGGAGUACAAUACUGUAAUGCCCCCUACAACAGAAAUAUACAAUGGAACUAGUGAACCGCAAGAUGACCAUUUAGCCUUUUAUGAUGUUUCCUAUCUAUACAUUGGUAUAUUUGGCUUUUUUGUGGCAUUUGUCGUCGGAAUUGUAAUUAGUUUGAUAACUGGUAUGGAUCGCGGUGAGCCAACUGAAUCGGAAUAUAUCUUUCCUUGUUUGAGACCAUUUUGGAAAGGUGGAUACACAGCGGUGAGGGUACCGAAGACUUUCACAGCAACGAAAUCGAAACAAGCCAAGGAGAUGGGGAGAUUCAGUGUACCAACGUACAUAGCACCUAUCAAAUCAAAAAUAAUGGAACGGUUGGAAUUUCACAUUGCAGAUUAUGUGGUAAUGGUGAUUUUUCUUGCUAUAUCCUCCGCGAUUGGAAUUUACUAUGGCUUUUACAAGAAACAGAGGACAACGGAGGAAUAUAUUCUUGGUAAUCGGCAGAUUCAUCUUGUUCCGAUUGCUUUGUCGUUGGCAGUAACUUUUCAGUCUGCAGUAUCCAUAAUUGGAAUUCCAAGCGAAAUUUAUCUAUAUAACAUUAUGACGUUAUAUGCGAGCCUUGGAGUUGCUGUUGCAUAUCUAAUACAGGCAUUCGUCAUCGUGCCUUUGGUACAUCCACUGAGGCUGACCAGCGCAUACGAGUAUCUACAGCGACGUUUCCAGUCUAGAGCUGUGCAGCUGCUCGGCAUGACAAUGGGCAUGCUGCAAACGCUGCUGUAUAUCAGUAUUGUCUUAUAUUCCCCAGCUCUUGCGCUUGAAGCAGUUGCUGGAAUUCCAAUAUGGUUGUCAAUUGUAUUGAUAGGAGUAUUAGGAACUGUUUACACUGCCAUUGGAGGAAUGAGAACUGUGGUAUGGACAGAUACAUUCCAGUUUGUUAUUCUUUAUGGUGGUCUGAUAGUGAUACUUGUACUGGGUGUAAAGGAAAUAGGAAGUUUAUCGAAAGUGUUUGAGUGGUCAUCGAAAGGCGACCGGAUGAAAUUUGAUGAAACAAGUCCAGAUCCUCGUGUACGACAUACAGUGUGGGGCUGUUUAAUUGGUGGUGUGUUUAACAUGCUCCCGAAUUGCUGUAAUCAGUCAGCAAUACAGAGGAUAUCUUCUAUAGAACAAACUAAGGAUGCUAAAAUUGCCACUCUUCUGAAUAUACCACUGGCCAUAAUCUUCAGUUUAAUUCUUGUACUGGCUGGACUCGUGCUUUAUGCAUACUUCGCUUUGAAAGCAUGCGACCCGUUGGCUAAUGAUCAGGUGUCAAAUCCGAAUCAGCUGAUGAUAUAUUUCGUUCUAAAUGUGUUGAAUGAUGUGCCAGGACUGGCCGGGAUAUUUCUUGCAGCAGUUUUCAGUGGAGCGUUAAGUACCUUGUCGUCGGGUAUCAACUCAAUGGCUACAAACGCUCUACAGGAUAUCCUGGCUGGCUACUUGAAGGAAGCAUUGCAGAUUAAAAAGACACUCAUUGUAAAGCUAUUGGUUUUAGUGUCUGGUAUAUUGACCGUCGUACUGGCGUACCUAUCCCAGUAUUUGACAGGACCAGUGACACAGAUGUGUAACACAGCUUUUGGUGCAGCCGGUGGUCCAGUUGUUGGUAUAUUUUUCCUGGGUGCUGUUUUUCCACAGGCUAACGAAAAAGGGGCUUUAGCAGGUGGGCUCUGUGGUAUUGCUGUCAAUAUGUGGAUUGCUCUUGGCUCUUUUUUGUAUGGAAAGAAGGCUCCAUUGUCAAAACCAGUCUCUACAUCCGGGUGCAUCCAAAACGUUACAGACUUAUCUGAGCUGAAUGUAACUCUACCAACCAGAAGCUAUUACAGUUCAACAGUUGAUCGUUAUUUGAAUGAGUCAACAACAGCGAAUUUGUUCAAUUCUCAAUACAGUAUGGAUGACAGUCACCUUGCUAUCUAUGACUUAUCGUAUGUCUGGCUUGGAUUUAUAGGAUUUCUAAUCGCAAUAAUCAUCGGCUUGGCUGUCAGUUUUAUUACAGGUAAGGAUAAACAGCAUCCAACAGAGCCGAUGUAUAUCAUUCCUUUUCUAAGACGUGUAUGGUCAUUCGACAAGUCAGUUUCACAUGGACACAAACGAUCUGAAAUUAGUUUUGUUCUCAGUGAUAAGGAAAUAGAAAUUGGUGGAACAAAGAAGAGAAAUACCGUAGAACCAAUUACUUUGAACGACAGGGACAAUACGUGUAUAAACAUAACUAGACUGUGAAGGAUACAUUAAAUAACAUUCAAUUACGUUGUAAUGGUGAUAUUUCUUGUUAUAUCUUCUGCGAUUGGAAUUUACUAUGGCUUUUUCAAGAAACAGAGAACAACGGAGGCAUAUAUUCUUGGUAACCGGCAGAUACACCUUGUUCCAGUUG